AUGAUAGUAACAGCACGGCAGCAACUUUCAUUGCAGGAAACUCUGGCAGCAACAACUGCAUGCUCAGGAUUUUUCCAAAUGCACAUCCUACUGAUCCUGUUUAUCUGCUGUUUUGCAUUGCUGAUGGCACAGCAGCAGCAGCAGCAGCAGCAGCUACAUCCCUCAUGGCUUUACUCGAUGCCCUGGCGUCCUUUAAUCCUGCCCACGGCAACUCCAUUGUCGGGUAUUGCUCAGCUGAGUCCUGGUUACAACACGGCUCCCCAGACAUUCCCGCCAGUUCCAGAGGACCAACAGCAACGGAAGCAGCAGCCAUAUAACCUUCAACUGCAGCAGCAAUAUAAGCAACAAAUCCAACAGCAAUAUCUACAGCCUACAUAUCCACAACAGUCCAUUCUAGUGGGUUUAUUCGCACCACAGCUGCAGGCUCGUCCAUUGGUAGCUCCUCCACAGGCAGGACAUUUCAGCCUGCCCUUCAGGCCAUCCCCCUUUGCCGGCUACACGGAUGACGAAGAUGCUGGGGGUCAGGGAAAUGGCAUCCAGGAGCAACAACAACUGGAGGAACCUCCCUUCCCUGCCCAUUCCUAUAACAAACCAGUGGCGGAGAGAUCGGAACAGUCAAGGGGAGAAGAAGGUUUUGAGAGAGCUGUUGCACCGCUAAGCUAUGUAUAUUUAUCACCUAGUAAUUUUUAUAAUCUGGUAAAAAGUUAGGCUAGCUAGUCUCUAAAUAAUAAUAACAAUAACCUUAUGAAUAACACUUUUUUUUGUUUUUAAUAAAUUAACGAGAAACAUUAAAACAUUUAUUUAAAAAAAAUGUAAAUGUGCGCUUUUCACACAUAACUGGAAAUGUUAAUUUUACCUAUACCAUAAUUAAUAAGCAUUUACAUCUCAUGUUGAUUCUCGAUUUCUUCCCACACGCACACACAUUCACUCUCUGGGGGUCUGGGUACAAAUCCCAGUUUGAAAUCACAUUCCCAGGCCUAGUUUAAGUCCAAGUCAGGGUCUGGGCCAAUGUGUAAGGCCCGCUGAUGCUGAUGAUGACUCGCCCACUGUCGGAUCUCUGGCAAUUUGUUGCCACUUUCAAAUGCCUCAAUUACGACCGUCCCGUGUCGUCUUGUCUCGCACAAGUCGCAAAUCGCCA